AUGAAUAAAGAAUUAUUACGUUUACACGAGGCACCCUUUGUUUGGUUUGCUGGUCAACUAGCAGGUUACAUUUUGCGUCCAAAACCACAAUUUGCACAAUUAAUCAAUGUAACCUUGAAGAGCUUUAAAACGAGUGGUGAUCCUGUUGUUGGUGUGCAUAUCAGGCGUACCGAUAAGUUAAUUUGGGAAGCUCAGUUUCAUGACUUAUCUGAGUACAUGGAACACGUGGAUAAUUUCUUUGAUUUACAAAGUGUUCAUCUCUUGACAAUGUCAAAGAGACAUGAUAUGAAUGAAGAGAGAUUUGGAUCAGUUUCUGAAAGAAUCAUUAGAACAAAUAACUCUGUUCAAGCUAAGCGAAGUGUUUACUUGUCGACAGAUCAUCCGAAUAUUUUUACUCAACUACCCUACAGUUAUCCAAACUACACCGUCUAUGGUAGCCGAGGUAGAUCGCAGUCAGCUAAUAUGAAUAUGCGGAUGUCAGUUAAUUCAAUGAAUAAUGCAAUUAUUGACAUCAUUGCACUUUCAAUGACAGAUUUCCUUGUGUGUACAUUUUCAUCGAAUGACUUAACGUAUUCUAUAGAAAGAUUUCAACAGUCCAUUCGAAGUUCUUUUUCAUCUGAUAUCAAAGCAUUGAAUAAACUCUUUCUUCCGGUUAAAUAA